AUGAAGAUUUUGUGCGUGGGCGACGGGAACAUGAGCUUCGCGCUGGCGCUGGCGACGCUGUUCGGAAACGACGCGCCGGGGCUGGUGGUGACGACGGACGCGAGCGAAAGAGGGGCGAAAAAAAUGUAUGGAACGAUGGAGGACACGGUGGAGGCGCUGGAGGCGAGCGGGGCGUCGGUGGUGUACGGGAUGGAGUGCGAGACGCUGGGGACGAAGAGCGGGAGCGCGACGCUGCGAGGACGCGCGGGAGGGUCGAAUUUCGAUCGCGUGGUGUUUAAUUUUCCCGACGCGGGGGUGGGGAAGGUUGGGAUGCUGAGCGUUAGGGCGCAGCGGGAGCUGAUCGCGAGUUUCUUUGAGAACGCGCCAAAGUUGUUGAAGUCGAACGGGGAACUGCGAUUGACGAUGCAAACGGGGGCGCCGUACGAUAAGUGGAACGUCGAGGGUCUGGCGCUCAAGGCGCGUUUAGUGUUUAAAACGAGCGUGGAAUUUCUUGCGAGCGAGUUUCCCGGGUACGAAUACUGCGACACCCCCGCCGAGGACGCCGAGGACGUCGAGCCGAGCGCCGACGACUUGGGCCGGUGCGUGACGUACGUCUUCGCGGCCAACGUCGAGCAGUAG